AUGAUUAGGCGGCUCGAAGGGUACCUGGAUAGAAAGAGGUUGGAGGUUAAUGUGGAGAAAACGAAGGUGGUAAGGUUUAGGAAGGGGGGAGGAAGGGAGAGGAAGGUGGAGUGGAGGUGGAAGGGGAAAAGGAUAGAGGAGGUGAAGGAGUUUAAGUACCUGGGGUACGUGUUCAGGAGGAACGGGGGUCAGGAGGCGCAGGUUAGGGAUAGGGUGAGAAAGGCGGGGGGUGGUAAUGAGGCAGGCAUGGGGAAUCGGGAAAAGGAAGUUUGAGAGGGACUGGGGAAGGAGGAUGUGGCUGUUCGACACGUUGGUCUGGACGGUGGCGGGAUAUGGGGCAGAGAUUUGGGGGUGGAGGGAGAGGGAGGAGAUGGAGAGGAUGCAGGAGAGGUAUAUAAGGUGGUCAUUGGGGGUGGACUGGAGGACGCCAGGAUAUAUGGUAAGGGAGGAGACGAAGAGGAAAAAGUUGAGGACGUGGGCGGGGAGAAGGGCAGGGAGAUAUGAGGAGAAACUGAGUAGGGGAGAGGGAGGGGAGUUGGCUAGGUGGUGCCUGGAAGAGAUAAGGGAAAGGGGAAGGGAAGGGGGAGAGGAAUUGUCGGCGUGGGAGAGAGACAGGUUGGGGUGUAGAGGGUUGGGAGGAUUGAGGGGAGGAGAGGGAGGGGCAAGUGGGCGAGCGGGCUGGGAGGGAUGGGAGGAGGAAGAUGGGAGGAGGCAGGAAGAGGAGAGAUGGGGAAAAGUGGUGCAGUCGAGGUAUAAUAGGUGGUACAGGGAGUUGGUGGGACGGGAGUUACCGGGGUACCUGAAGGCAGGGUGGGGAGAAGUGAGGUAUGGAAGGCUAGCUAGGUAUAGGAUGGGGAACGAGAUGAGGGGGGGGGGAGGUACUGGGGGGAUGAGGAAGAGAGGAGAUGUAGGGUAUGUGGUUGGGAGGAGGAGACAUGGGAGCACGUUUUGGAGAGAUGUACGGGGGAUGAGGCAGAGGGGAAGGGGAUCGGGGAAAGGAUAAGGGAGAUUUUGGACGAGGGAGGGGGAGGGGAGGGGUGGAUAAAGAGGCUGGAGGUCAGGAGGAAAGAGAAAGAGGUGGAGAGGGGGGAAGGGGGGGAUGAGGGGAGGAGUGAAUGAAGGAAUGGAAUGCAAGGGCGGAAAUGGAAGUCGACGGCGGGGAGGGCGAGCGGGGGUGGAGGAGUGGGAGAGAAGGGAGGAGGGAGAGAGGGAGAGAGCGAGUAGCGUAAGGUUAGGCUAAGAGCGUGCGGCGAAGGGAGAUGAGAGAGAGAGAGAGAGAGAGAGCGAGUAGCGUAGGAUUAGGAUAAGAGCGUGCGGCGAAAGGAAAUGAGAGAGAGGGGAAAAGCGGCGGGGGGAGGAUGUAAGGGCAGUGAGGAGUAGAGUAAGAGUAGAAUAAGUAGGAUAAGUAGGAUAAGUUAGGUUAAGGGAGAGAUGGAAAUGUAAGGUGGGGAGGAAGUGUAACCCUAAG